GGUCCUGUCUCUGUGGCUCUGUGCUCCUCAGCAGCUAACGUUAGCUAGCAAACUGUGAAGCUGUCAAGUGGAGAGGCUGGGGCAGACGUUUCAGCUUCCCCCUGGCUUGGCUGCACAAAGCUUCGGCCCCCAGACCACUCACGAAAUUAGGGCAUUGUUUAGCUCGCCAGCUGAGAUAAUGUAAUGCAUCACGGGCGCACGAAAACAGGGACCUCCGUAUUUACACAGUUUAUAUGCACUGUUGAGUGACGACUGCUUACUGCAAGCUAACAGGCUAGAUAGCUUAGCUAAACCACCGCAUACCCCCAUAUAUCGUCGUUGUACACCCAGUGGUGAGAACUGCUGAUAGUCGGUCCCUGCCCCUGCCUCAGAUUGCCUAGCUGUCAACUGGUAUUUUGGCCUUGUGGCUGUUAGAGGGACACAAUGGGUGCAUUUCUGGACAAACCAAAGAUGGAAAAGUACAAUUCCCACGGUGAUGGUAACAACCUGAGGUAUGGACUGAGCAGCAUGCAGGGUUGGCGGGUUGAGAUGGAAGAUGCACACACAGCAGUAAUUGGUCUGCCUCAUGGGCUCGACCUCUGGUCAUUCUUUGCUGUUUAUGAUGGGCAUGCCGGCUCUCAGGUGGCCAAAUACUGCUGUGAGCAUCUACUGGAGCACAUCACUAGCAACUCAGACUUCCAGAGUGCUCUACAGGAGGACACCUCUGUGGAGAGUGUGAAGAAUGGGAUCCGCACAGGAUUCUUGCAGAUUGAUGAACACAUGCGAACCAUCUCAGAGAAGAAGCAUGGUGUGGACCGCAGUGGCUCUACUGCAGUAGGUGUGAUGAUUUCUCCAAGCCAUAUCUACUUUAUCAACUGUGGCGACUCACGGGGGCUCCUCAGCAGGGGUGGAGCUGUGCACUUCUUCACACAGGAUCACAAACCCAGCAACCCACUGGAGAAGGAAAGGAUCCAGAAUGCUGGUGGCUCAGUCAUGAUCCAGCGAGUUAAUGGGUCUCUAGCUGUAUCUCGAGCUCUGGGAGACUUCGACUACAAGUGUGUGCAUGGAAAAGGCCCUACAGAGCAGCUUGUUUCUCCUGAGCCUGAAGUGUAUGCUAUAGAGAGAUGCGAGGGGGAAGAUGAAUUUAUUAUACUAGCUUGUGAUGGCAUCUGGGAUGUCAUGGCCAAUGAAGAACUGUGUGACUUUGUGAGGUCAAGGCUAGAGGUCACAGAUGAUCUUGAAAAAGUCAGCAAUGAAAUUGUUGACACCUGCUUGUACAAGGGAAGCCGUGAUAACAUGAGUGUUGUGUUAAUCUGUUUUCCUGGGGCCCCAAAGGUAUCUCCAGAAGCAGUAAAGCGGGAAGCUGAGCUGGACAAAUAUCUGGAGGCCAGAGUAGAAGAGAUCAUCAAGAAGCAGGGAGAUGAAGGUGCUCCGGAUUUGGUCCAUGUUAUGAGAACAUUAGCAUCUGAGAGCAUCCCAAACCUCCCUCCUGGUGGAGAGCUGGCAAGCAAACGAAGUGUUAUUGAAGCGGUGUACAACAAACUUAACCCAUACCGAAGUGAUGACACAUCUUAAGUCAGAUGCUGAAACCUGUGCAGCUCUUGAGGGUGAUCUCACAGCCAGAGUCUGAAGGGUUUUUCCUUCCUCUCCUCUCUUAUCAAGGACUCUGCGUCCACAGACGACAUGUGGUAACACAACCUCCUACCACUAACACAGCAUAGAGUUUACAAACCACCAUCCUCUCAAGACCCACAGCAACUCAGCUCAGCAGCCUGUUUCUCCGUCACUCUGAGCUUUUGGUUUCUAAGAAGGGAAUUUCAUGGGAGGAGGAGAAGGAGUUGCAUGCACACAAACCUGGAAUAGUGCAGCACCAGUCCACUCUGGAGUUCAGGAUCCCCAUCGUCUUGUUCCUCCCCUUCCCCUUAUGUCCACUUCCAUAAUAUUCUCCUCUAAAGUAACCCACAAGUGAGUCCACAAGUUUUGCUUUUUGUUAAAUAAUCGGCUUAUGUAGUAUUUUUUUUUUCUGUAGUUAAUUUGAUUCACAUUUCCUUGUGUGUUUAUAUAUUUCUGUUUUUGUGAAGUGCAAUUGUCCUGUACAAACAGCCUGUAUUUAAUGCAGCUUGAUUUUAAGUUAAAAAAAUGAAAGAAAUGGAAAAAGAGAACCUUUUUAUGCACUAUCUGCCUUCUCCUGCUUUUCUGAAAAUCUAACAAAUGUCUAUCCAGUCAAUAUUACUGCUUGUCCUCCAGGCACAAUGUCUCUGAUAUUUUGCUUUUUUUGUCUUAUUUUUUCCCCAGUUAGUCUAUGCUCCUUUUUAUGAAAACGGGUAAAUUGUAUAGUUGACAGCACAGUAAGCUCUCUAUAUCAAACCAUUUAAAUUCUAAUUAUUUUUUUCCCUGUGCUUUAACGUGUAUUUUCCUUUUGUAAGUGGUUUUAUGUACAUGCUCAAAUUAUAAUGAUAGCAAUUUGACAGUAUGAAGUGGAAAUGUAUUUUUCCAUUGUGGAGGUAUUUGUUAAGUCCCAGGUUAUCAUGUUUGUCUGUGCAAAUAGAUACUUGCAAGCAUGUGUGGGUGCUUGUGUGUUUGUAUGUGCGCACUAAUGUCGGUGAAAGCAUAGAUCUAUUUGUGCAAUUCUCUAAUUAGCAUAGGUGGUUCACACAACAAACCAGACUAGAGUUAAAGGGAAUUGCCCUCCCUAUAUUUACCCCUUCUUUUUUUCCCCAGCCAGUGUUCCACAUUGACCCAACAAAGGCUUUCACUGCUUCUAACUCAAAACAGCUUAGGAAAGUAACAUAGACCUGCUCGGAUUCUGUUAGAACUUCGAAUGAACCCGACAAGAUAAAUUUAAGACGGAUCUAUAAUGAUUUGCAGCUUGUCAGGUGUUUACUAGUUUACUCAUCCAUUGUGUCAUAUUUAAAUAUUAAUUUCUGAAUAUACAAUAAGACCACUGUAGGUGCCAUAUUUUAUUUUUUUUAAUAAUAUUUUUAGCUUUAUUACAGCCUAUGCCAAUUUUCUUUUUCACAAGAUUCAGUUUUUUUAUGUGGUACAGAUAGAUUUUAGGUUCUGCAUCUGGUGAUUUAACAUGAGAGGUGCACUGAAUAUUUUAGAAAGCAAAUUUCUGAUCAGCUAUCUGGAAUGAUUAGAAAUUAUUGGCUCUGAUACUUAUAAAGCAACUUUAUUUACAUGAUUUCAAGCAUUCAAAGCUAGAUAAAAUGCAUCUCGUGGUUGCAAAGCAUCUUUUUAUUCUUAACAGGUUUGCUUUACUUAAAGCUCUGUUCCCCACAACACAAGCCACAGCACAGUGUUUGCUGCUAUAGUCUAGGAUCUGUGGGUUCAUAUUUAAAAAAAAUUUUUAAAUUAAAUUUCCCCUUAGAAAAGCUAGUCGCGAGAUCUGUAAAUGACACACACGGUAGAUGUAUUUCUUCAAGAGAAAUUAUUUUAUUUUUCUGCCUUUUUGUCUUGCAUUAAAUUUGUAUAUAUUUCUGGCCUUUUUUUUUUUUUUUAGUGAAUAAAUCAUUUCACUAGUUAAUUUUUUGUCAUUGACAAAAUGUAAUUCUGUUGUCUUCAUGGUUAGAUUUUGAUUUUUUUUUUUUUUUUUUUUUUUUGCAAACAAGUUUCUCUUGUCACUUUUUAGGAGUUCCAUAUAUUUAAUCAUGUACUAAAUUAUUAAGUUGACAAAAAGACAAUCCUAUCUUUUCCACUACGUUUAGGUCUGUGGUGGAUAGCUUGUAAAUCUUUAGAAAGGAGAAAAAAGAGAGAAAAAAAAAACGAUAAAAAAAGAGAGAGACUCCAACUUAGACUGUAAUCCUAAAAUAGCUGCUUUCUAAUAUGCUUUUGUGGCAAAAAUGCCAAAGACCCAUUAUCUCAGAUUUGAUAGUCUGAAGGAGAACUUCAGAGUAUCCCUGAUAAAGAAGAAGAACUUUUAAUUUCCAGUUAGUUGGCUUUAGAGGCACUCUGUGGUGUUUUUCUCUCCACAAGCACAUACACAAUAAUUAAUGUGCAGGAUAAGUGCAUAAGGUAAUAUGAAAAUUGCUUUGCUGACUGCAGAGGGCACUAGUGUGAAUAUCAACAGGUGGCGUCAGGGUAGCUUAGCAGAGGAUUGCUGAAGUAAAUAAGGCUGAAUAGGCAUGUUUAAAGGGCUGGUUUAAUAAACAAAAAGGGAUCUAUGGAGAUUUCAUGUAUAAUGUGAAAAAUUAAUUGGUCUAAAAGGGGGGAAAACAGAUUUCUAAGAAUGUGAAGACUCCACAGAGUAUCUUUAAUCAUUCAUCCAACACAACCUGAAUGUCAUCACUAAAGAUGCUGAAGUGAUAACUGACUCCAGGCUUCGGACACAUUCCCUCAAUAUAAAGUUAAUUACAAUAAAAGUGCAACGUUUUGGUUUAUAACCACAAAAUUGUAUUUAUACCACAGUUCCUUUCCCUUGUACCCAUACUGUACUUAGAUCACAUUAAACACGUCAAUUUGUUCUCACUGUGUUUGAGCAAAGGAAACUUUAUUGUACAUAAAAAGCUUUUUUUUUCCCCAUUUUGUUUUUGUUUUUUUUUUUUAGUUGGGAAGUUAUUUUGCUUUGCAUAGCUUGUAUUUAAAUGCACUAAAUGUCUCUUAUCUAACAUUGGUAAGCACUCAGCUGCUUGCUGCAAAGCUUGUAGGUAUUGAUGGCCCUGAAAGCAAUGAUUGUUUUUUAUUUUCUUUUAUUCUUGUUUUUCCCCUAAGUGUUAAUGAGGGGCAAACAUAUUUCUUUCAAUGUUGAAGCAGUUUAAAACCUCAUAACCUGUAGUGUCCUAAUUAUUUUGGUAUAGACAGUUUUGGAUCGAUGAUGUAACCCUUUCAGUGAUGCUGGUUGAUUACCCAUUUUUAUAACGGACUCAUUCCACAAAAUACGAAAUGUAGAAAUUAGCUUUGUAAUUUUGAAAAUUUGCUCUGUUUCAAAUACUGACAGUGGGUUUACUGUGAUUUGUCCACAUGUGGGUGUUUCAUGGAAAUUGUGUAAAAAUUCCAUUGCAUCCUUAUUAGUCCCCUCUCAACUGAACAAAAUAUUAUCCCUAGCAUAUGUUUAGUUUUUUAAGAACUGAAAUACCUCAAUCAUUCUCCCUACAACCUAUAUUUUAACACUGGUAUAUAAAAAGGAGACAUUAUUCCCCUUUACAGUGUUUGACUAUAUUGUACUAAUGCUAACAAAACAAGAAGUGCUUCAAAAAGCUAGAGAAAAUGACAACUUAUUUUAGUAACUAGGAACACUAUCCGCUUUGUCCUUUUAAAGGUCCCUUCACCUCCAACGAUACCCUCCGACAUUCACCCGAGUAUUUUCACCUACUUGUCCACUUGUGUGACGCUCAUUUAGUUCACAUCUGUAAUUGUAUUGAGAGUUCAGGGUUGUAGAAAUGUGAGUUGUGUGAGGAAAACACUGAUCAGCCACAACGUUAAAGCCACCUGCCUGAUGAUAUAGGUGUCCCCCUUGUGGCGGCUGGGCCUGGGGCCAUUGGAUCCUUUGGGUUCGUGUCAGGGUCUGGGAAGUUUUUAAGAAGAGUCAGCGGCUGAUCCUGAGCAGGGUUUUCUUUUUUGUUUUGUUUUUUUUAACAGGGGCAUUGCUCUGCAUCAGGGAGAGCUGUUGAUAGUGGAAAAUGUGCUUGUUCUUUAGUAGUGUUUAGGUGGGUGGUACAGUAGCAUCCACAUGUAUGUGAGGACCCAGGACCCCCCAAAAAAACAUGGCUUUGUAAUUAGGUGAUUAAGGGUAUUCACUUCACCUGUUUGUGGUUUUAUCGUUGUAGCUGAUUGGUGUAAGUGUGGCUAAAUGAUAAUAGUCAUAUGCACUGAUCAUCUGUUUAAUCAGCUUUUUUCUUUCAGAAAAAUUAUUGUAGAAAAGGAAAAAAAAAAGAAUAUAGAGCUAUUUACAGAGUUACCUUUGGUUGCCUGGAAUGCAUCCUGUAUAUUCUUGUAUUGAGGACUACCUAGCAGAAGUUAGAGAUUUAAAAUGCUUGCGCCCUCAUGUACAUAUUGAUGUACCUCAGUUGUGGCGUUUACUGUGUGACCCUUAGCAGUGGUGGUUUAUUCGUCCCCUUACAGGGUGACCCGAGCCUCACUUUGCUGACCUUUUUCAGCUCAUGAAUAAGCUCACCGAUUUGCCUUACCCGAUCUCAUGUUGCCCCCUAAAGUACUUACCCAACAAAACACUAUGAGGAUGAGUAAUGCUGCUGACAGAACGCUCUCACAGACUGAAAUCUUUGUCUAUUUUAAGGUACGUAAGCUAUCAACAGUGACUUUGUCCUGUUUGUUACACGGUACAACUUUUUCCCAUCUCACCAUAUUUAAUCUCAAUCUUGAAAGCUUAUUUGAUUUCCACUGCAGAUGAUGUCAUAUGUUUUAACAAAUCCAAGUUUUAACAUGGUAACCUUGUAAGCAUUCAAAAUGUGCAUACAUACAUUAAUGUCUGCUCUAUUUAUGAUUACAUUCAAGAAUAGCUUUAGAGUGCUGUAGUUAAGUAUUGUCAAUGUUGAUUCAAAUGCAUCUCAGAGGCCUCUGUGAGUGAUUUUACAAAGUUCAAUAACUGUAUAUUUUGUAUUAUGUUCUAGCUCCAAAGGAAUGGCAGAAAAAAAAGAAAUGUUAAAAAAAGAGAAAGCUUUGUUCCCUGAACUAAAUUGUACUUUUUGUGUUGUCGAUUGAACAAAUUGCAUUCCUUGCUUGUGAAUAGAUGCAUUUUCUCCCUGCUCCUUAAAUUUUCUCCUUCUUUCCUUCCUUUCUUUCAUUUUUUAGCCAUUGAAGUUUGAAUAAAAUUUCUAGUUUGCAGAAUGUAUUACUAAAUAAAUGGGUUGUCAUCUUGUA